CCGAAACGACGCCAUUUACUAUAGCUCAAAUCAGUAAUGAAAUUAUCAAAACCCUAUUGGCGCCAAAACCUCGAGAGUUUCGCGCCAUUUGAUACUCAAAACCCAUACCCUUGCACUCGUGCCGAGGGGGGAGAGAGAGAGAGAGACCUAAACGGAGAAUGGAGGACGAGCAGCCCAUAGUCGCCGGGAGGCGGAGGAGCAGAGGAGCCGAAGCGACGGCGCGUGCAGAAGCCCUCGAGCGCCUAAAGAAUCUCCGCCGAGGUGGCCGCCGUUCCGAAGGUGGAUUUCAGGUAAAGAUGGAAGAUCCGAUAUACGACACCGUCGGCGAUGCCGAGUAUGAUGCGCUCGUUGCUAAGCGUAGAGAGGAGGUUCGCGGAUUCAUUGUGGACGACGACGGUCUCGGGUACGGAGACGAAGGAGAGGAAGAAGAUUGGUCCCAAGCUGGUCUUCCUCUGUCAUCAGACGAAUCAGAUCGCGAAAAUGAAAGGCCUAAGAAGAAGAAGGCAGCGGAAAAGAAGGAUCCGCAAUCCAAGAAGCCCUCUCCCCUAUUAGCGGCGGCGGCUAUGAUGGGUAAGCAUCGCCUCUCCUCAAUGUUCACUUCUUCGGUUUUUAAGAAGAGUAGGGACGAUAAUAAGGCCAAGGGAUUGUCAUGUGAUAGUCUUGUGGAUGAUGUAAUUGCUGAAUUUGCACCGGAUGAAGCUGAUAGGGAGAAGCGGCGAAGGAAGCAACUGGGUUUGCUGUCGACUGCCAAGGGUUUAAGUUCUUGUAUUCCUCAUGUGAAGACUGAGAAACAGCCACCUAUUGAUGGACUUAAUUCGAUAGUUAGGCCUGAAUCCACCAAGGUUGUUUCUACAAAUGGCGAGUCUUUGAUAGCUCAUCCCCAUAAUUGUGACUUGUUUGAGGAAAAGGAUGGGUCUGAGUGCUUGAAUGAUGAGAAGAAUUUGAAUUGUGCAAUGCGUAGUGAUCCAAUCAUACAGUUACAAAAUUCUUCUACGAAUGGAAAUGUGGUUGAGGAGAUCCCUCCAGAUGUUGUAGAAACAAAAGUAGAGCCUUUAGUGAAGAGCGAGGAAGUUUAUUCUCUCAAUGCGAAGAUUGAUGAGGAAAAGGACCCGGCAAUGAGUGCGACUGCUGGAUGGCAAGCAGUAAGGAGUGGAGGGAAUGUGGACGUUGGCUGUGAUGUAGGGGAGGUGAAUCCUAGUUUGAAUUGUGAAGAUAAAUCUGACUUUGAGCUUCAUCCCGAUGGGUCACUGCCUUUCUACAUGAUUGAUGCUCAUGAAGAGAUUUAUGGUGCUAAUAUGGGCACUGUCUAUCUUUUUGGGAAAGUUAAAGCGGGAACUACGUAUCAGAGCUGCUGUGUGAUUGUAAAGAACAUGCAGCGAUGCGUCUAUGCGAUUCCAAAUCAUUCUGUAUUUCAAAACGAUGUGGUAAUUAAGCUUGAGAAAGAUGUUGAAGAGUCGCGAAUUUCUCGUGCAGCUUUUCUGACAAGUCUGCAAGAUGCUGCAUCUGGUUUGAAGAGUGAACUGGCAAAGCAUUUGUUGGAUCUCAAUGUUUCGACUUAUUGCAUGGCACCGGUUAAGAGAAGUUAUGCAUUUGAGCGUUCUGACAUACCUGCUGGGGAAAAUUAUGUUCUCAAAAUCAACUAUCCAUUUAAGGACCCACCACUUUCAUCAGAUCUAAAAGGAGAAACAUUCUGUGCUCUGCUUGGAACUCAUUGCAGUGCCUUGGAGCUUUUUCUUGUUAAAAGAAAGAUAAAAGGGCCUUCCUGGUUGUCAGUUUCAAGCUUUUCUAGCUGUCCUGCUCCCCAACGGGUGAGCUGGUGCAAAUUCGAGGUUACUGUUGAUUGUCCAAAGGACAUAAGAGUUUCAACUUACAAGAAUACAGUUGAGACUCCUCCUGUGGUUGUUACAGCAAUAAAUCUGAAAACUAUUGUCAAUGAAAAGCUGAAUGUAAAUGAAAUAGUUUCGGCAUCUAUCAUCAGCUGUCACAAGGCCAAGAUCGACACUCCCAUGUUGGCCACAGAGUGGAAGAAACCUGGUAUACUUAGCCAUUUUACCGUCAUGCGCAAGCUUGAAGGAGGCAUUUUUCCAAUGGGAUUUGCUAAAGAGGCUGCUGAUAGAAAUUCAAAGGCUAAAUCAAAUGUUUUAGGUUUUGAAAGCAGUGAAAGAGCUCUGCUAAACCGUUUGAUGAUCGAAUUGUACAAACUGGAUAGUGAUGUUCUUGUUGGACACAAUAUUUCAGGAUUUGACCUGGAUGUUCUUCUCAACAGAGCUCAGGCAUGCAGAGUGCCAAGCAGCAUGUGGUCCAAGAUAGGUCGUCUCAAGCGUUCUGUGAUGCCCAAGCUUACAAAAGGAAGCACCAUUUUUGGAUCAGGAGCAAGUCCAGGGAUCAUGUCUUGUAUUGCUGGUCGGCUCUUGUGUGAUACAUAUUUGUGUUCCCGUGAUCUCUUAAAAGAGGUCAGUUAUUCUUUGACGCAACUUGCUAAGACUCAACUGAACAAAGAUCGGAAGGAGAUCACUCCACAUGAUAUUCCAAGAAUGUUUCAGACUUCAGACUCCCUUAUAGAACUUAUUGAAUGUGGUGAGACGGAUGCAUGGUUAUCUAUGGAACUCAUGUUUCAUUUAAGUGUUCUUCCCCUUACACGUCAGCUGACCAACAUCAGUGGUAACCUCUGGGGAAAGACUCUCCAAGGUGCUAGGGCACAACGAGUAGAAUAUCUUUUGUUACAUGCAUUCCAUGCAAAAAAGUACAUGGUCCCAGAUAAGACUUCUUCUCAUGGGAAGGCAGACAAAUUGGCAAAACGGAAAAUGAAUCAUGGCCUUGAGGAUGGAAAUGCUGAUUUAGAUAUUGAUGAUGCAAAUUUUGAAAAUAAUAGUGCACACAAUGAUCACGGAAAAGGCAAAAGGGGUCCUGCAUAUUCAGGUGGGCUUGUUUUGGAGCCAAGAAGGGGUUUAUAUGACAAGUUAGUACUACUUUUGGACUUCAACAGUCUAUACCCUUCUAUCAUUCAGGAAUACAAUAUCUGCUUCACAACAGUUGAAAGAUCUCCAGAUGGAUUAGUUCCACGUUUACCGUCUAGUAGGAUGACUGGAGUUUUACCGGAGUUGCUGAAAAAUUUGGUUCAGCGGAGGAGAAUGGUUAAGGCAUGGCUAAAGACUGCAUCAGGUCUUAAGGCCCAGCAGUUCGACAUUCAGCAGCAAGCUCUGAAGCUCACUGCAAACAGUAUGUAUGGAUGCCUUGGCUUCUCCAAUUCAAGAUUUUAUGCAAAACCACUUGCAGAAUUAAUAACACUACAAGGAAGGGAAAUCCUACAAAGUACUGUUGAUCUUGUUCAGAAUAAUUUGAACUUAGAGGUGAUAUAUGGUGAUACCGAUUCAAUAAUGAUUCACAGUGGACUUGAUGAUAUUGCAAAAGCCAAAGCAAUUGCAGGGAAAGUCAUCCAAGAGGUAAAUAAGAAAUAUAGAUGUUUAGAAAUUGAUCUCGAUGGUUUGUACAAGAGGAUGCUGCUUUUCAAGAAAAAGAAAUAUGCAGCUGUAAAAGUGCAGUUCAAGGAUGGUACACCAUAUGAGGUUAUUGAACGCAAAGGUCUUGAUAUAGUUCGUCGAGACUGGAGCUUAUUGUCAAAAGAAUUGGGAGAUUUCUGCCUCAGUCAAAUAUUGUCUGGAGGGUCAUGUGAGGAUGUCGUUGAAUCAAUACACAACUCUCUCAUGAAGGUACAGGAGGAUAUGAGGAAUGGAGAGGUAGCCCUUGAGAAAUACAUCAUCACAAAAUCAUUGACUAAGCCGCCAGAAGCCUACCCAGACAAAAACCAACCACAUGUUCAGGUGGCUUUGAGACUAAAGCAAAGUGGCUACUCUGCUGGCUGUUGUGCUGGUGAUACAGUACCCUACAUUAUUUGUUGUGAGCAGGGUACUGGCUCAGGUACUUCAACUGGAAUUGCUCAGCGGGCUAGACAUCCUGAUGAACUGAAACGUGACAAUGGAAAAUGGAUGAUUGACAUUAACUAUUAUUUGUCACAGCAGAUUCAUCCUGUGGUGUCACGUCUAUGUGCUUCAAUUGAGGGAACGAGCCCAGCACGUUUGGCUGACUGUUUAGGACUGGACUCAUCCAAGUUUCAAAAUAAAACAAGUGAAGCUAUCAGCAGUGAUCCUUCCAGCUUACUCUUCUGUGCUAUAGAUGACAUGGAAAGAUAUCAGGGUUGUGAGCCUUUAAUCUUGUCAUGUCCCAGCUGCUCUAGUAGUUUCAAUUGCCCACCUGUGUUCACGUCCGUAUGUAAAUCAAUAAGUGAAAAGCCUACUCACCUUCAAGCAGGGGAAUCCAAUGAUGAUUUCUGGCUUAAAUUGCGUUGCCCCAAGUGCCCAGAAGAAGGUGACUUGGGUAGGAUGUCUUCUACAUUGAUGGCUAAUCAGGUUAAAAGGCAAGCGGAAGGGUUUAUCUCAAUUUACUACAAGGGCUUAAUGAUGUGCGAUGAUGAAACUUGCAACUACAGUACUCGCAGUCUCAAUUUGCGGGUGAUUGGUGAUUCUGAGAGAGGAACAGUAUGUCCAAGUUAUCCUCGUUGUACUGGGCGUCUCGUAAGAAAGUACACAGAAGCGGAUCUAUACAAGCAGCUUACAUACUUUUGCCACAUUUUUGAUACAGUACGCUGCAUUGAAAAGAUGGAGGUUAGCAGUAGAAUACCACUGGAGAAAGAGCUGGCCAAAAUCAGACCUGUGGUUGAUUUAGCAGUUUCAACUAUUCAACAGAUUCGGGACCGGUGUGCCUAUGGGUGGAUACAGCUGGAGGACAUUGUCAUUGCAGUUUGAAUUGCUAGGCUAUAAGCGCAAGCACAACUCAUCAUUCUUUCAUCUCCUGCAUUAUAGUUAUAGAUGCUCCAUAUACAUGUUGGUUCAUGUUGAUGGGCAAUGGCUGUGGGAAACAAAAAAGUCAGUGAAACCUAUAGUCUCAUGCGAAUGUAAAUAUUUGCAAUUUUGCACGUUCGUUCAUAGGUAGAAGAGUUGUAACAAUAUUAAGAAUGAUAAUGUAAUUAAAUAUUCCAUUCUUGUGUGAGUUCA